GAGGCAGAGCCAGAGGAGGAGCCAGAAGAAGAACCGCAGGAGGAGGAUGGAGGAGGACAUCCACAUGAAGAGGAUGGAGAAGGAUCUCCUGGAGUUGCAGAGUCUGAUUGAUGUCCACUUUGACCAGAGGAAGAAGGAGGAGGAGGAGCUCAUUGGGCUGAAAGACCGAAUUGAGAAGCGUCGGUUUGAGAGGGCAGAGGUGCAGCGAGUUCAAGCGGAGAAGGAGCGGGACCGGCAGAACAGGAUUGCGGAAGAACGGCAGAGAAAGGAAGAUGAGGAGGCUAAAAAGAAGAACGAUGACGAGGCCAAGAAGAAGAAGGUUCUUUCCAACAUGGGGGCCAACUUUGGGGGCUUCCUGCAAAAGCGGAGCAUCGUGGGAGGGGGAAGCGUCUAAUGGGGAGAGAGAUCAAGAAGAAGACCUUGGUUGAGAGAUGACCCACACUGGAGAUCGACACCCUGAGAGAGGGCGCCCUGAAGUCAGUCCUGGCCGAUCACACACGCCUCCCCAAGCCAAAUGCACAUGGGCCUAAAUCUUCCUCACACCACCACAUCAGAGUUUUCUACAAUUCAUGUCCAAAGCCCACCCACCUGGCUACCAACUGUGUUGCUAUGUUUACCAGCUGACCCCCUCCCACCUUCUCUUGGUCUCCCAGGCAACGAGCUUAGGAGAUGUGGAACUGGAUCUACACGCUGGAGUCGGAUAAGUUUGACUUCAUUGAUCACACGAAGAAACAGAAAUAUCAGGUGGGAAGACCUGGACAUGUACCAAAGGCCGAAUCCAUAGAUGUUUAGGCUUGUGUGUGAGCGACUGUGUACAUCUGUUGUGUAGUAUUCGUGUAAUCACUGAUGCAAUGUGACAACUUUAGAGGGAACAAGAAAGGAGGGAGAUCCCACCAUCCCCUCUUCCCUCUUUCCUCUCUUUUUAUGGCCCCCCUCUUCUUUUGCAUGUCCUAGUGUGUUAUUGAAAAAUACAAGUUAUAAUAAUGUAAUGUAAUAUUAUACAAGUUAUAAUAAUGUAUUGAUAAUAAAAUUGUGUAC